UGCUUCAGCUGUCAGGACCCUGCUGCAUGUGAAGAAGCUAAGGCAGCUUUUCUGUACAACUAUACCUUUCAGAAGAAGACAUGGCGUUGAUGGGAAUUCAGCUGGUGGUCAGUUUGCUGGCUGCCAGCAUUAUGCAGAGGAUGGCUCCACAUUGCUCAUUUGCACGCUGGCUCCUUUGUAAUGGCAGUCUGUUCCGGUUCAAACACCCGUCAGAAGGAGAGCUGUGUGCACUGGCAGGGAAGCAGAUGCCCAAACAGACCAGGAGAGACAGGAGACAGAACGGGGAGAACAAGCCUCUUACUGUGCCCAAAGACAUCGACCUUCACCUGGAAAAAGCUCCUGUCAACAACAUGGAUGCCCUUGUGCUGCGGUUUUUCCUGGAGUACCAGUGGCUGGUAGAUUUUGCAGUCUAUGCAACUGGUGUCUUCCUCUUCACUGAGUGUUAUUACAAUGUGGUGGAUGCCAGCAAAGAGGUUAACAUUGGAGCCAUCUGGUGUGUCCUGACCGUUCUCUUCAGUCUAAAGACCCUUCGCACUCUGAUGAGCCACUACUUUCGCUCUGAAGAGGGCGGUGAGCGCUCAGUUUGCCUUGCCUUUGGCUUUUUGUCUCUGCUGGUGGCCAUGCUGGUGCUGGUGGUCAGAGAGGACUACCUUGAGUUCGGCUUGGAGUCUGGGUUUUCCAACCUCUUCGACAACUUGGAAGUCUUCGCCAAACAGCAGGGCUAUGCCGACUGGUCAAUCCCAGUGACUAAGCUGACAGUGAAGCUCGGUCUGGCCGCUAUCUGUGCUUACAUCGGUGCUCUCAUGGCCUUCCCCGGACUGCGCCUGGCUCAGACUCAUCUCGAUGCUGUACAGAUGAACUCAGAUCGCCCACUCAUCCAGAUUCUGCUGCACAUGAGUUUCUUGUCUCCAGUGAUUGUUGUGGUUCUGUGGGUGAAACCUAUUGCAAGGGACUUUCUGGCAAACGCACCAUUGGGAAAAACCUCUGUCACACUAGUACCCAGUGCAGUAUUUGACAGCAUGCGUCUUUGGAUCGUCGUGUUUCUGUGUGUGCUGCGGCUACUGAUGACUCGUUACCACAUGCAGGCCUACCUCAACCUGGCUCAGAAGUGGGUGGAGCAGAUGAAGAAGGAGGCGGGACGUAUUGCUGCGAUUGACAUUCAGAGGAAGGUCACACGUGUGUUUUGCUACCUGACUGUAGUUACUCUCCAGUAUCUGAUUCCUAUUCUGCUCAUCCUCUUCUCCACUCUGGCCCUCAAGGCACUUGGGGACUUCUCCUGGGGGGCGGCUGCAGAGGAGACCCCCGGAAUGACACCAGCGUUGGUUAUGCCCACAGCAGCACCUGUGCUGCCCGGCAGUCUGGAUGAGGAUGAGGAGGGGGUGGAGGAUAUGGAAGAGGACAUCCAGGCCACAGUAGCCCGUCUGUCAGAGACCUUUGCAGCGCUGCGGUCUGUCCUCACUCCACUAUUCUUCCGAGGCUUCUUUGCCUUCUUCACCUGGUGGGUGGCUGCCUGCCAGCUGAUCAGCUCUCUGUUCGGCAUCUACUUUCACCAGUACCUUAUGAACAACUAACAGUGGAGUGUCACACUUUCAAUGCUGGAGGCUGCAAAGGAUGCCUUCAGACAGACAGCAGAGAUUUCAUUAAAACACACAACUGCAGACAGAGUGCACCAUGUUUUCAGAUGAGACAGAAGUUUGGAUGGUGUUGGGCACCGUCUGUUGCAAUACUGGCCACCUUACGGCUGAUAGUGACCAGCAGGCUUCUGGUAUCAAUACCACACGUGCAGAGACAACAGGUCAUCUUCCACCUACGUCAGCAGAACCCUUUUCUGCAACCUUUCAGAUAUAUCUAUGCCAGUGUUACCUGAAUAGUUCUUCAUAGAACAUUGUUAAAUGCUGCAGUUAAGAUAUUUAAUUCAUACCAGGGGAAGCAUUACUACUUUAUCCCUGUGUAGAUAAGACUUCUUAUUUUUGAGAGGGACUCUUCGUGACCCUUAAGGAACCGAUUUAAGAGUGCUAAAUGUUCUUUGUUUGUUUUUUCGUUCUCUUUUUCUGCUGUAACCUUUUGAUUGAAAGGAAGUAGUGAAGCUCAGAUCCGGCCAACAGACUGAAAGCUGUCAUUAUCUAAAGAGUUUCCUUCAGAAUUCCUAAGUGCCUGGGAGCUCAGGGAUUUGGAGUAAAUUUUAAAAAUCUCCCUUCUCCCUUUUUCAUGUGUGUUUAGAAUGGGGAUUAAUCUCAUGCUGUUACAUAGACAAUGUUAACACUCCACACAUUUUUUAUUUUAUUUCCAACACUACUCACUGGCAACGUUUUUAGUUGCAGUGUCUUAAUUUGCAACAUGAGUUUUUUUAGCUUUUUGCUGUUUUAUCUCCAAUCUGUCAUUUACAUGUACGAUCAAUCAAAGCCUGAUUUAGUCUUUCGUGAGUGGAUUUUAUUUAUUUAUUUAUGAUGCAUUGCCUCAAAUAACUUUGUUAUUUGGAAAUGAUACAGAUGAUGUAAUCUGUAUAUUUCUGUUCUUUUUGUUUGUGUUUUGUUUUUGUUUGUUUGUUUUUAGGUAGUGUAUUUGAAUCGAAUGCUCUGAUAUCAUAAUACUGUGAAGUUGACUUUUUGAAUGCAUGGUGUGCAAAUUUUUGGCUGUAAUCUGAACGUUUUUGUUUAUGUGGCUUAAUAAAAAAAACAUUA